AUGAGGUAAGUCUGUUUUUUUGUUGUCAGUAAACUACAACAUAUCACAUUUCAUUCCGAGCAAAUUUUUUUUGGUGAAGGAAGGAAGACAAAAAAUUUGCUCACUCAUCAAAAAAUAAACAGUUGUUUGGUUGAGCAAAAUUUUUUUCCCUGCCAAAGAUUUAUCUGACCAAGGGAGAUAAAAAAUUGGGAAAUUAAAAAGAGAUUUUGCAGUUUGGAAAUAUCAGUAGCGGCUGCAUUAGCCGAAGUCAUGGUGUAUAAUGAGAUGACUAAAAAAUGGCAGCCACCGCAAGGAAGCGAUGGACAAGCAUCGAAGGUUGAAAUAAUGCAACACAAUCAUAAACCGGCAUUUCGAAUUGUUUCACUUCGAGAUGGAAAAUGGCUGCUGAAUUGUAAUAUUCAUCAAAAAUUGAAAUAUCAUAGUGCAACUGCGACAUUUCAUCAAUGGAGAGAUGAGAAUCGACAGGUUUAUGGGCUCAAUUUUCAAUCGGAACCUGAUGCGAGAAUGUUUGUUUCGAUAAUUGGACAAGCUAUUGAUCAUAUUGCUCAUCAAGCGCUAAGUGAAUAUCAAAACCCGCAUCGUGAGUGUUUUUUUGGAUAUGAAAUAUUAAUAAGGCGUUGUCAAGCAAGAUUAUCCCUCCUUAAAUUUUCAAAAAAAAACUGACAAAGAUAUUUAUUUAUUUAGUAAUGUUUUUCUGCUGCAGUGAAACUAAAAAUCCUAUCGAUCCUAUUUCUAUUAUUAAUUUUCCAGCUGCGGAUAACGUUUAUCAAGAUCCACACCAACAUAUGAUGCAUAUUCAAUCGGCUCCGAAUUUUGCGGCACAUGAUGAAAAUCAGAAUGCAAACUUCAAAAAGCAAUCGAAUGUACCAUUACAACAGCAAAUAAAUCGUCGAGUUUCACAAACAUCGAAUCAAGAUUAUCAUCAUUCGCAUGCAAUUCCGUCAUCUUCUACGAAUACAACAACAGUUCCAGCUCCACCUCCAGCACCUCCAGCUCCGCCACCAAUUCCGCCGCAGGCAUCAGCUGGACCAUCUUCGAUUCCGCCAGUUAGUUCGAAUGCGCCCCCACCACCUCCACCUCCGCCACCAAAUUUUGGAGCGGCUGGAACUGCUGGUAAACCGACGAGUUUGGCGGAUCAGCUGAAAAUGCGGAGUCAAAAUUUGAAUAAGACGACGAAUGGAGCGGCGCCGGUGACGCAGAAAGCAGAACCCGAGAAACCAGCAGCACCAUCAGCUGGAGGUAAGAAUUUUUUGAAAUUGUACAUUUUUCCUCUCGACCUCUAAAAUGUAUUCAUUUGAGUAUGUACAUCUGUUGAGUACACUGCCACGUUUUUCAUUAUUUUUUUGCAGGAAAUCUAAUGUCUGAAUUGGCUGCGCAUAUCAAUAAAAGAAAAAUGACUCAAGCUAAAGCUGAUGCUGUUGAUUCGAAAUCGAAUACAAGCAAUGGUAAGUUUUUUUUUCUGGAGAAGUUUUAGAAGGCUGAAAAUUUUCUGCGCUUCUGAAAAAAUUUUCACCCGAUUCUCCAAAAUUCUUCUUGAAAUGAUAAUUUUGCAGGUUCUUCAGAUAGCGGAUGUGGAACUGCAACAUCAACAAAUGGUUUUUCGAAUGGUGGAAGUAUUGGAUCAGCAGCGGCCAAGAAAUGGUCAGUAUCCGAUGUUAAAUCAGCAUCGAUUACGGAAAGUCCGAAAACUCAUAGAAAGUAAGUAUAAAUUUUAAUGAAUUCUAUAUUUUACAUAAAUCUCAACAAAAAAAUCAAUUUCAGAUUGCCCUCUGCAUCUUCAAUUUUCAGUCAAGACGAGAAAACUGUGGUGUCUGAAGGCAGCAGCACGGGAAGUCUUGUGAAUAAUGAAUUGCUCGAAAAAUUCCGUGCCGAAUUGAUGGUCGAAGUUCGAUUGGAAAUCAAUAAAGCGAAACAGGAAAUCAUUGAAGUUAUUCGACAAGAAUUAUCUCGACAUUAA